CUAGAUCCAAGAUGGAUUUUUCAGCCAUGAACGCAGCCGAGCAGGCACACAUGAGCAAAGUCAUCGAAAAGAAGCAGAUGCAAGACUUUAUGCGCAUGUACUCCAACCUCGUCGAGAGGUGCUUCAACGCUUGCUGCAACGACUUCACGAGCAAGGCCCUUUCCUCAAAGGAGGAACAAUGUGUGCUCAAUUGCACCGACAAGUUCUUGAAGCAUUCAGAACGAGUGGGAGCGCGGUUCGCAGAACAAAAUGCCGAGGCCAUGGGUGCCGGCAGCAAGUAACAAGUCCGGCGAUGUGCAUAUCGUCCCAUGCCCGACGCUUCGUUCUACUAUACAACAUCCUCCUAAUUCACUUGACCCGCCUGCAUGCCCUACUGUUCCUCGCUCCAUUUGUCCCGCUGUC